GAAAGAAUAGAUACCUUCAAUAUAAAAACAAAUACACCACACGCCCUCUGAUCUAAAAACAAAAGACACCACACUUGUAAUCGUAGGAAUGGAAAUCCAGUCAUCCACCCGAUCUCCUUCAACAGACCAUAAUGACAUCAGACCAAAUGUAACAGACCAUGUUGAGAUCAAACCAAAUGGUUUACAUUUUAACGAGCCACCUCCCAUCAUGGAGUCACAGCGAGGAACCACCUUCCUUAGGGCUGUGCUCAAUGGCAUCAAUGCCUUAUCAGGUAUUGGAAUAAUAUCAAUUCCGUAUGCACUAUCAGAGGGAGGAUGGAUGAGUUUCAUACUUCUCAUACUAGUAGCAACGAUGUGUUGUUAUACAGCAAUACUAUUGAAAAGGUGCAUGGAUGUUGACCCAGAAAUCAAAACUUACCCGGACAUUGGUGAGCGUGCACUCGGUCCUAAGGGAAAAGUUGCAAUAGCAAUCUUCACGAAUUUUGAAUUGUAUUUUGCGUGUGCUGUGUUCUUGAUACUUGAAGGUGAUAACUUAGCAAAGUUGUUUCCAAAGGUGGAUUUCAAAAUCAAGGGAUUGAAAAUUGGAGGGAGCAGAGGGUUUGUUAUACUAUCUUCCCUUAUAAUUAUACCUACCACAUGGUUAAGGAGCUUAAGCCUACUAGCUUACAUCUCUACUUGGGGAGUAUUGACUACUCUCAUUGUUGUGGCUUCUGUUUUUUGGGUUGGUGCAUUUGAUGGUGUUGGAUUUCAUGCAAGAGGGACCUUAGGUAAUUUCCGUGGAUUUCCUACUGCUAUGAGUUUAUUCAUCUUCAGUUACAGUGGCCAUCCUGUUUUCCCCACCAUGUACACUGGUAUGAAAGACAAAAAACAAUUCUCUAAAAUGGUUAUCCUCUGCUUUUUUCUCUGUACCAUCAUUUACGGAACAAUGGGGAUUAUAGGCUACCUAAUGUAUGGACAUGCUGUGGAGUCUCAAAUCACAUUAAAUCUCCCGACCGAAAAGAUUAGCUCAAAGAUUGCAACAUACACCAUAUUGAUCACCCCUUUUGCUAAAUAUGCUCUGAUAAUGACACCAGUGGCGAUGGCCAUUGAAAACAAGCUCCAUAUCAGCGACAACAGAACCAUUAGCAUCUUCGUAAGGACUUUAUUGGUGAUAAGCAAUGUUAUUGUGGCCUUGACAAUUCCCUUCUUUGGAUACCUUAUGGCUCUUAUUGGGUCAUUUGUAAAUAGCAUGGUAGCGAUGAUAUUUCCAUGUAUAUGUUACCUUAAGAUUUGCAAAUCUUAUUACAUGGCUUCUCGGUAUCGUCAACUUGAGGUUGUGAUUAUUCUGGGAAUUUUAGUAAUUGGGGUUUUAAUUGCAACAGUAGGCACUUAUACUGCUCUAAGGCAAAUUAUACGACAUUUGUAAGCAAUGUUCUUCUUUUUCUCUUUCAUAUGUAAUUUCUCCUUCCCAUGUAUUCUAUUACAAUAAUAAAGGUGACAAUUCUAUAUUAUAGAGUCGAAUCAU